AGAAGCGUUCAGUAAGGAAGAAAUAUCGUUGGUGUCUGUAGGGUGUAUUGCGUAGGAAUGGUAUCACCGUCCAAGCUUCAACAUCAAGAGCAAAAGCAACCGUCGAAAGAGUAUAUAUUGAAUAAAUGUUCGUGUCAGCUGCUUUGACAUUCAAAUUGCGAUAGAAUUAUAUUUUUAACACAAGUUCUUAUCUUCUCUUAUGUUGGAAAUGAUACUAGAUGUUCGCAUACAAAAGGGCCUGAAACCUUUGGCAAAGAAGUCAUUUUACUUGGAUAUAAAGAAUCAUGCCGCUUCGGCCAAGCUAGAGGCAAAAAUCAAGGAUCUUGGAGGAAUUUUGGAUACAUUUUGGAUAGGCUGCCAUACUAUUUUUUCACCCCUUCCCGCCAUUUUUGAUUGGUGCGUCUCUACGGUCGAUAGAGGACGUGACCUACCACUACUUGCACGCGGCGCGUCAUCGGACGCGAUUUUGAAUUUUCUAAAAGUACGAUCGUAAAUGUAAUGUAAUGCAUUUAAUAAAGGGCUAACAUUGAGAGUACGUGUAACGUACGAUGUCAUAGUUUGGACUGGUUGCGUUGUCUUAGGAAGGUAGGAGAGAAAGAUUGAUCUCGUAAAAAUAGAAAGUUUCGAAUUCCUUCUGGUUUACACUUGGAAGGGAAUCUCUUCGAAGGAGGCCUUCUUUGAACUCGUUCACAAAUCUAUUCUUAGCGAGUUUCUUGCUCCUUAGACUUGAGUGAAUGCGCAAUACUGUAUAGACUAGAGAAUGAACGCUGACAUUUAUUCGCUGGCAUUGGCCGAGCUUAAUUCGAAAAAUCAAAAUGUAUAUGCGAAUGAAAAAGACAAGAAAAAGAGAAAAGAAAGUACGGAGAAUGUGAACGGUGACGGUGACAUUUCUUAUUAUCCUAUGCGAAUACGCCAUCGCAAAUAUUUGCUCUCUGUAGCGACAUUCGUCCUAUAUCGUCGUCGUCGUCGUCGUCGUGGAAUGAGAGGAGAGAGAGAGAGAAAGAGGCAUGCGGAGAAAAGGGAGAACCGAACCGUCGCGGCCUGAGCGCGGGCUCCGCCCCGAAAGGAAGCGCGGGGCCACUCAUUGCAACGUUGCACUUCGCAACGAGCUUGACCGACCGACUAUUCUCAACGAUCCGCUCUCUCUCUCUUUCUCUAUCUCUCUCUCUCUCUCUUUCCCUCUCUCUCUCUAAUUCUUCAAAGUAAAAUCAGAAAUACGCGUUACGGGAACUAUUUUGUUCAUCUUCCAAAUGGGCCGCAAACGACGAUAUCGUGUAUGGUAAGACCGUUGAUUUUCGCGCCAUCUUUAGUCGUUCGUACGAAGUUAAGUCUUUUCUCGUGGAGAUGGCUCCCUGGGUGUGCGUAUACGUGCGUGUGCAUGUUUUCAACGUGUGCGUUCGAAAAAGAGAAGCAUGGCGAUGGUCCGGUGGGGGUAAUGAACGAGAAAAUACGCUAGGGCCGUUUGUAACAGAGACCGAACUUGACGCUCGUGCGAGGAACGAGAAAUGGGUAGAUGAAGCCGUAUUAUCCGUCAUCUUCAGCGAAGAUCAGCGGACGCGGACACAAAGCGCCGCCAUCAGGCACCCAUGCUAAGCUGUUAACGGCGAAUGGCCAUUUUGUGCGUGACAGUUCUCUCCCGCGAAGCAAGAAUAACAACGACAUUGCAUCAGUCCAAACGAUCUCACGCAUAUUUACCAAAAAUUUUAUUCCUACACAUUUUGCAAUUAAAAUCGUCGUCGUUGUUGUCGUCGUCGACGUCGUCGACGUCGUCGUCGUCGUCGUCGACGUCGUCGUCGUCGUCGUCGUCGUCGUCGUCGUCGUCGUCGUCGUCGACGUCGACGACGACCGUAGCUUUGCCCGGUCUCUUUUUCACAACGAUUUACCCAAGCGAGUCUACACAACUUCAAAAACUAUAUAUUUACGCGUGCGUUAAUCGUGUAUUUACCAUGAGAAGUCGGUGAUAUUGUAUUAGAUAUUUUAUUUGGACGCCACCGCUCAAUGUUUUAUUUUUGAAGUUGAAUUUUGUUUGCUCUCGAGCGUAUAUUCUGCUGCGACACGCGCCUUGACAGCAAAUCCUUUCCUCUCCUCUUCUCUCCCUCCUCUGUACUCCACUCCCUCCUUCCUUUUAUUCCCCUGUCUUUUUCUCGCCUUACGACUCUCCUUCUCUUCUUCCUCUUGUUCCUUCUCUUUAUCAAACGUGAAUCUUACGACGAACAUUUCGUUCCUUCUCGAAGAAGAAACAAGUUCUCCUUUAAAAAUAAAUUUCAACUCUCACGAGGAUACAUUAAAGGGAGGGAGCACGUGUCUCUCGUGUGUGUUGUGUUACGUGGUACUGUGUGCACCCAUAAAAAAAAAAAAAAUAUUAGACACGUAUCGUUUGAAAUCUGUGUGUACUAUGCGGUGGAUUAAGACUACCAUAUUAACCGCGUCAAGUUUUAGCGUCAAUGACAUACGCGCUCUGUAUUUCUCUUGGUGCCAUUCUUGCGAACGUUUAAUCCGAAAAUUACUUUGGAUUUCCGGCGUACUUUUCGUCGCGUACAUCGCUCUAUCUGGAGAAGAUUGUUGUGCUUGGAAUAUCGUUUGAAGUCGGCUCAAAACAAAACACUGGACGAUUAUUCAGUGUCAGGAAAGCAUUGGUGAUAGAAUUAUUUUUAGUGCGCACCGUUAGUCUAGUUGUCACAGAUCGUAUUGACAGAGUCGGUCAAGUUCAUUGCGAAAAAUAUAAAUGGGGUUGUAUCAGUGGUGGCAGCGGGGGAACCCCCUCGCUGAGGAGCAUAGAAUUUCCAACUCCGACACCUCCUACGCCGCUUUUAAGUUCUGAGUGUCCUUUGUACAAUACGACCAAUCUGCAGGGUCACACUACCCAAAGAUCUAAAUCGCGGACGGAUGCAAUGUUGGAACGUGCUCUGACCCAACCACAGCAUUGUUCCGUGGAUCCGCUUGACAACGCCCUCAACUGGGGAAUACCUAUCUGGGCAACCGAUAAAAUUCAGGCUUGGCUUGAUAAAAUCUAUGCGUCUCUUAAAGACACUAGUAGUUUGAAACAUCUACAAGGAACAACGAGCCGGCAUAGGUUCGAGAAAGAUCUCAAAGUCAAGCACUUGAAAGGGUCGUAUGUCAAGUUUGAAUCUUUUCGCAGAGAUACAAGACCGGUAUUUUUGGAAUUGUCAACGUGGCCAACGUUGAACUUUGACGGAGACCCAGGGACUUGUCCUUUCGACGCUAAGAGGAGAGAAAAACUUGAAAAUAAAACAAAUAAGGAGAUUAAGGAAAACAGAGAAGCUAUCGCAAAUAAAAAAGAAGGUAAAGAGAUGACUCGACGACCACGUGCAGCUCGUGCUCGUAGAACGGAACAAUUAGGAGCUGGUUAUUGUGAAAUAUGUCGAAUAGAUUAUCGUGAUUUAGCGAAACAUGUGCAAAGCGAUCAACAUUCGAGUUUUGUUCAAAACGAUGACAAUUUUCUCUCUUUGGAUACGUUAAUCAAUACAAGUGCCAGUGUAGAGGCAUUUUUGAAACUAAACAGAACAAAAGAUAUUGGAGAAGAAUGCAAUAUAUAUCCAACCGAGGAUCGUACUCUUCGCGACGUACUGCCAGAGGAAAAGAUCGCUAAGAAUGAAAAGACUUCAAAUAAUUACUCCGUACAAGGAAUAGACAUGGUGCAGUGCAAUGGAACUCGAAGAAAUCUUAAUUUAAAAUUAAACUCUCCUCACAACUUGCGAACGCGCGCUAAACACGAAAGUGGGCAUUUAUUGAGAUCAAAGGGUAGCCCUUGGCACGAGGUCGAUAAGAACGAAAAAUUUUACGACAAAUUCGAGGGUUUUACUAUAAAAAAGAGAGCAAAGGGAACCAUUUGGAUCGAAGAAGAAGAUCCGGAAAAUAAAUACUCGCAAGCAAGUGACAUUAAAAGCUCCGACCAAGUAGAUUAUAAUAAUAUUAAAUCGCCGGGAAAAGAUGUAAAUGGUAUCAAUCAACGUGAUUAUGGGGAUAAUAAUACUGUAAAUAAAAGGCAUAAUGGUACAGAUAAUCAGGAUAUUAAAGAAUUAGACGGCGGGAGGGUUCCAACUAAUGAACAAAAUGGUGUAUUUAAUCCUGAGCUUCCUUCGAAGAAUGAAAACGACGCGAAUAUUAAUAUUCACGGAGAGAUUGUAAGAUCUAAUUUGUUGAAAAAUAAUGUAAAUAUAAAUGGCUUGUCCGAUAAGAAUAAUCGUAUAGAAUCAUGGAAAUCUACGGACGGUAAAGUAAAGUUUGAUGGUGUGAAGAAUGAGUUGGAAUUACAAAGAGUACGAUCGGAUAUCGGGAGAGUAGUCGGAAGUGGUGAUCAUAACGAGAAGAAGGAAUCUAUCGAGGUAGUCUGUAAUAAUGGUCAUACGGAUAACAAUCAGAAGGAAUUAAAGGCGUUACAAUGUGCGGAAAAGGAAUUGGGUUGUGAGAAAUUACGAUCGCCUAGGGUUGCUGCUGGUGGUAGAAGAGGUGGUAGAAGUUUUCGCGGGCGUCAUAGAUUGUCGGUCGAAGAACGCCUGAUCGAGGAUAAUCGUGCAUAUUAUAAAGUCGAGGUAUUAGGAAGUAAGCUACGGUCGAGCACAUUACCGUGCAACAAUACCUUAUCAAAUUCUACGAUUAAGGAUGCGGAGGUGGAGGAGGAGGAGGAGGAGGGGGAGGAAGAGGAGGAGGGUGAAAAGAAGGAGCAACAGCAGCAACAGCCAUCCAGUGAGAAACCAGUUGUCGUAAGAUUCAAACGCGUAAGAAAAUCUGAGCUUUCUCUGUUAAGCGACGAGGCCGAGUCUUUUAUGUUUGGAGAACCUAAGCGCGACGAUACGAGCGAGAUUAGCGACGAAGAACAAACUAGUGUUUUACCUAGGGACACCGAAAGCGAUUACAACGAGACUGUCAGUUCCGACAUACUUAGUUCGAGCUUGGAUUCCAAUCCUCGGAUAAAACAAGAGAUUUUGGAAGAAGAUUCGCAGGACUCCGUUAAUCUUGGCAGAGCGAGAAAAAGAAGGCGUACACAGGCAGAGGCGCUUAUUAAAGACAAUGCCGACUAUUACAAGUUCGAAACACCUGGCAGUAGAUUGAGAUAUCAGGCACCGUUAAGCGGGGUCAACAAGGCCCCCAUUAAUACCGAACGCAAGGAGGUAAGAUCUGACGUUAAUGGAGGAGAAGUCGUAGAGAAAAUAUAUCCGUCCAAACCUUCGGCAGAAGUUGAAAGAAUGCAAUUUUCGUUCGAAGUUGUACCGAAAUCGGAACCGUGGUAUCAAACCUAUCAACGACAGGACGAGGGCGCUGAAUUUUGGCAUUACUUCAGCGACGGGGAUACAGGAAGACCGUUUCUUUUACCCUAUGAGAUAGAAAACUUCCAUGAGACCAUACUUAGGAAUCAGGCGAAGAAUGAGAAUAGGAAAAAGGGUAGAGGCCGUAGUAUAGGCUGCAUCGGACGGUCACCUAGAAAAAGUCCGCGUUGUCAUGCAUCGACGUUGGCGAUAAUGUCCACGAUCAUAAGAAAAAGGGAACAACAGCAAAUCUCUUCAAAUCUCUGUACGAUAGAGGAAUGUCAAUCUCUGAAAUCACAGAUGGAUACUCAGGCGAAAGCGGAUGCAAAAGGAGAUAUUAAAUUGGAUUCCAAGGUGUCCGACAUCGAUGAAGAAUUGAAGGAAAUCGCGAAAAAUAUCGACGAAAUGCUUAAUACGAGAGAUGUCAUAGAAAUGGAGGAUGCGUUUGAACCCGAUAAUGUACAAAUGGACGGGCUAGAGGAGGAGGAGGAUGAUUUCAUCGAAUCGACGAAUGUACCGAAAGGUCCGCCGGCAAAUCUGUUGGAAUUACUGGACAACUGUCAUGAACUCGUACCUUGUAUAGAAAAUUCAUCGUGUGCCAGUUCGGAGUGCGGUGAAGGAAAUGUCGAGUCGCCCUUAAAACGACGUAAAAAGAGAAAAAAUAGAACGGGAUGGCCCGGGAUUAAGAUACGAAAAAAGUUACAAAAUAAGAUGAUUAUAGGCACGUACAACGGUGCUCAAGGAAAUUUCAAGAGAGCUGGGGAGUUAUCGAGAGAGAAAAGUGUUGGUCCGUUUGACGAAAGGAAUAACGAGGUUGACGGCGACGCCGACAUGUCUCUGCGAUUGAUGGCAGACACACAUACAGAAAUAGUUUUAUCGAAUGGUAGUACGAUUUCAUCUACUACCAGGCACAAUGAAAAGACUACGGUCGAUAAAAAAAAUAAUAAAAGCACGCCGGAUGAUUGCGAUGAUCCUGGCGUAUCUACUAAAACAUCUCCUAGAGCGUGUCCCAAAACGUGUCCUAAAACGUGUCUUAGCGCGACUGUGAUCGGUAAAAAUAAAAAUGCGGACAAUAGCGGUGGCAAAAAUUCCACGACUGUGGACGAAUUGAGAAUUCCUAAGGUAUUUGGCGAGGCGCAAAGGACUUUAUCGGAUAAGAAUUUUACGUUGGACAUAGAGGAAGAAGUGUCGGAGAACGAUCCUGGAAACGAUGAAAAUCACGAGAAUGUAUUUAGGAAAGAUGUGAACGGUGUUAUUGUGUUGGAACGACAAUUCAUCGCGAAAGCUGUCGUAAAGAAACGUCCGCGCAUAAACACAUCCUCCGAGGGCUGCGAAUCGCGUACCGAAAUUGAAAACCAUGACAUUUUGUCAGCCAGAAAGGACAUAGAUUCCGGGAUAGUAUCGAGAAAGCAUCAUAGCCCCGGCGACGUGUCUAGGCUGGGAUGUCAACAAACCCGUUCGGAAAACUCUAAUAUCGAUGUGGACGCUCAUAGGACGGUUUACAGAAGGAGUAAGGUAGGAGGAGUGGUAAGGUCUAGGAAACGAGUUAACACGAGGAAACAACAACGAAGGAAUAAUAACGUUCCCUCGGAAUCCGUAUACGAGAGCGAAAAUUGCAAGAAUGAGUCUUAUUUGAGUAUUACUUGUAAAAAGCAAGAAACUAUGAAGAGUGCGAAGAAACAAAACGACGAAACGAUAGGACCCUCGGUCGACUUACAGGACUCGGCCGAAUUGGAGUGUGCAUUGUCGGAACGUAACACCCCCACCACCACUACCACCAUGCCGCCUUCCGAUUUACAACAAAGACGUUCGAGCAUCGAGUUUCAGCCGGUAGUUAGAAUGAUGAAGAUAGACAAUCCAGUUGAUAUGGAUCAUAGUAUUUUGUCGGUUACUGUAGCAAGUAAUAGAAGGUUAAGAAGUUCGAAUUCUCAUAGAACGAACGCUCAGCCGCCGCGAAAACGUUUGAAAACUGCGCGUGGACAAUUUGGAAGGUGGUUGAAAAGUAGUAGCUGAAAUCUCGGAUAAAUCGCGCCUACGCCAACCGUCGUGAAAUUUCAAAAUUAAAGAGUCCUCUUUUAUGCUGCUGCUGCUGCUGCUGCUUCUUCUUCUUCUUCUUGCCACCAAGAGGCACUGGAAUUUUGAAAUUUUCUUCACCCAUGUAAAUUAUGUGUAAUAUAGUAUUCGUCUAUGUAGUAUAUAGUAUUUAACGUUACUGACACGUAAAAUCUUAAUAAUAUUCUACUUGAUAUCUUCUUGACGCGGUACACGCGAUAAUGCGUUGUCAAACUUGUACAUUCGUCGAAUGCGGUCUUGAUGUUCUCAGAAUUAAUGUUUUUUCUAUCCGCAUCGUCACCCAUCCAACUCCCUCCCUCCCUCCAUCCCACAGCGGCUUUUUUGUUUAUAUUAUAAUGUUUGUAACAGGUACAAAAAUAUUCCAUGUAUUAUAUAAACGGUAUUUCUGGAACAUAUGUGACUAAAGAGAAGAAAUUCUUUAAGCGCGCACGAGACUGCAUACAGCUUUGUAAUAUGUAUAAUCUCAUAUUCUGUUUAUGCUUCGCAUUAUCCAAGGUAAUACUGUAAAUCCUCGGAGGAAAACAAAAACAAAAAAAGAAGAAAAAACUACAAAAAAAAAGGGAAAUACCUUAAUUAUUUUAUUUCAAGUGGAAAUAUGUAAGUUUCUCGUGAGUUCAACAAGAAAAAUUAUUAUUAAAGAUACGAAUUUUUCAAUAAAA